AUGUCAUUGAUAGGUAGAGAGUGUUCUCAGAGGUUAAUUAGAAUUUCUUCUAAUUGCACACCUUCUAUCGCAGCCAAUUCAAUAUCACAGCAUAUUAUUAGCAAUGAUCCAACAACCGCCAUUCCCCUGAAAACCCGCAUUCACCCUCAACGGGGUAUGAUUCCCCACAACAAAGCAACGUCUAUCAAAAACACCCCAAUUGGACAACAACGGGCCAAAGCAUCAUCGCAUAUACUCUUCAAACAAUCACCGAGGUUAUCUAAUCUCGAUCAAAAUCCAAACAAAGACAAACACAAGAAAGAAGUUCUCGAAAAGAAAGCCAAUUUAGGUUCAAUAGUUGAACAGCUUAAAACCACAAUUCCCAACAUCUUAGAAAAAUCCCUCGAGAAAUCAAUCAUAUCACCACAUAUCCAUCUCCGCAUCUGUCCAUCUCAAUUCGAUGAAAAUUAUCUCCCUAAUUUAAAAGGUCAUGUCACAUAUUAUACAACUUGUAAAACAAUUCAAUUAUUCUUAACUUCCGUAAUAUUGAGUCCAAAAGUAAAACUCCACAUUCAAUCAAUACGAAUCCAUGAUGGACCAGAUCCCCAGGCGAUGUUGGAGGAUACUACUAAGAUAUUUGUUCGCUGGUCGACUUGUGCCGAAGGUUGUCCUCAUUUAUUAUCUGAUGAAGAUAAUGGUGGAGGGGAUUUUCAUUCAACUUCGCAUGCGCAUUUGGGUUCACAUAGGUGGUCAAAACUGGAUACGAUGAAAUUAUUUAAAAAUCAUCAUGGAGGGAAUGGGGAGGAGAGUAAUGCCAAGUUGUCAUAUUUGACGGGUGCUUUGGGAAGAUUGCCGAAGACUUUGAUGGGAUUGACUAAAGAGCCAAAGAAAUUGGAGAGGGUUAUUUCGGGGUUGUUUAUAUUUGAAUUGAAUGAUGAUAAUACUAAGAUAUUGGUUCAUACUAUUGAGAAUGUGGAUGUUGUAGAAAGGUUCCAAACUGAAGAUGUUGAUAGUUCAUUGAGAGUAUGUUGA